CCGUUCGCUCUUGGCAUCCCACCUGAUCUUCACAAUUGAACUCCGAAUAGAAGGUAAUUGAACCCGAACUAGCAUCGUGUCAUGCGACGGAUAGGUCGCGUCGGAGAGCCAUGGGCGAGCCUGGGCAUGGGAAACGUCACUGUUGGGAGUGCCUCCGCCGCUGUCUUGUCUGUGACUCGACGAGGCCAGCUUGCAACAGAUGCACAGCAGCUGGAACGUUGUGCCCCGGAUACAGCGACGUGAAGCCGACACGACUGAGAUGGCUGGCCCCCGGUACCGUUCGUUCUCGGGUUCGAAGGCGAAACCGUGAUGCGUCUAUGUCUGAUGAGACGAGCGAGCCCAGUGUCUACAGCAGGGAAUCGAAAUCGCCACCGGCAUCGCAAUCCCACGUUGAUCACGUCUCCAUCUCUCGCUUCGGUCUGCACACGAACGCAGAUGCCCUGGUUCAUGGGGCAGAAUACUAUAACGUGGCCAUAUUCCCAGAUCUCUGUCCUGUUCAGGAACUGGGAAGCAACCCCAGCAUUUACCAGAUAUCUCCGGAGCUUAUUCGGGAGGCCUGCGCGAGUCCCGACUACCUGCGGCUCGGCAUGCUCUGCAUGACCCUUAGCCACCGGAUGAACCGCACCCGAGGAGAUCCGGGCGCAAAUCACAGGGACAUGGCUGAGCGGUUCUACAAGUAUCGAGGUGACGCCAUCCGCUCUUUGAGAGAGUUCAUCAGUGUCGAGAGCCAGUGCACCGCCGACGUUGCUCUUGCCGGCAUCGUGAGUCUCUUGUUAGCCGAUGCCCAACAGGCGGCUUCCCUGAACUGGCGUCCCCACGUAGAGGCCGCCAUCAAGCUUGUCCACCUGCGCGGAGGAUUUGCUGCGGUGGCUGCCUCAAGGAUCCUGCAGCCACAUCUUCUAUUUCUCAGUUUUGUAGCAGUUAUUGGUAACACCACAUGUCCCGCCUCCACCAUCCUUAUGGCGGAAGCACACCUCGGGGCACUUGACGCCAUCAUGGACUUAUCGGGCACCACCGUCACUUCAUUCCAGAUGUGUGCGCCAGCACUCUUCGCCGAAAUAAUCCGAAUCAACCACCUCCGUAUGCGGGCCACGAUGCACGGCGAGCAAGAAACGGGUACGCAAGAGCUCGCUCAAGAAGUACAUGUCAUCCUCGAACGGAUCCAUCACUUCUCGCCCGAGCAUUGGGCCGAUAUAAAGCCCCGGUCUCGCGAAGACUGGGCCCUGAUGGGCCGCAUCUACCAAACCGCCGUGACGCUCUACUGCGUCUCCUCCCUACAGAGCCUGUCCGUCUUGCCCACCACGCCGCACCUGAGCGCGAGCUGCGCGGCCCACGCGCGGCUCCUGCACCAGCUGCUCGCACUGGCGGUCGUGUCGCCGCGCAUCAAGCGCUUUACCCUGUGGCCGCUGGUGGUACUGGGCGUGGUGGCGGCCUCCUGCUCGCACAUGCACGGGGGCGGCGCGACCUCCGCCCGGGCCUUCGUCGCGGCACAGCUGCCCGUCCUGAGCCGCCAUGUCGGGACCUACGUGCCGCUCACGGCCAAGAGCGUGUUGGACAAGUUCUGGGCGUCGGGCGAGACGAGCUGGGACGCAUGCUUUGAUCGGCCGUAUGCAUUCUUUACCCAGUUGGCGGUUGAUACCAGCCGCAUUCUGACGGAUUGAUUGCCUGUGUACUACCCCCUGAUUCGUGUGGGGCAUUCCUAGGUGAUGAGACAGGU